AUUUUACUCUUUAAAACGACUGCGCUACUCUUAUAUUUUCUCUCUCACAUUGAUACGCUCUGAGCUGAUUUGAUUUAUCAUAACUAGCAUUAAUGCUGAGCUAACUGAUUGAAAAAAACUGCAGCCAACUUCAGAUCUAUAUACAACUUGGAACUGUCAACUUAAAGACCCAUAAAGACUGUUAUCGUUGCCCUCAUCGUCGCCGUAUUAGCAAAAAUUUCUCGCGAAUAAUCAGGAAGAAAGGAGACCGACCGACCGUUUUACGUUUAACUUUUCUGAAAAACAAAAUCAAAAAAAAAAUUUUUAAAGACUGGAGUAUAAGAAAAGUUUAUUCUUUUUAAAUAAAGAAUUAAAAAAAAACAAAAAUUAAAAACGAAAACAAAAAACAAAUUGAAAAAUUAUUUUUAAUUCUCACUUUAAAACAUCUGUUAGACACCGCCCUCUUUGUGUCCAGUGUGCAGUAAAAAAAGUAAACAAAGUAUCUUUAAAAAUAUUAAACAUAUCUUCAUAGAAAAGAUAUUUUCUUUUAUAAAAAAAAAAACAAAAAAACAAAAAAUACUUAACUUUUUUGUAAAUUUAAACAAAUUCAAAUCAUAACAUUUUGUGUAAGCUAAACAAGCAAACUAGUCAACCGCUUAACUUGAAACCCGUCGCGACGUUAGUUGUUAAUUAAUCACCUCUUUUUUGUAUUAAAUUUAUAAAUAAGUAUUCGAGUAAAAUCGAUAAAUUAUUUAACAAAAUGCUGAUUGGAUUAGUACGCGACUCUGUUAUGCAGUGCUUCUGCCAUACCUGCAGGGCACCAAUUUUGCCAGCUGUAUCAAGGAGGCAAGCACCUAUUAAAAAAGCGAAUAAAAUACGCUCGAAACAACCAAGGCUAUCGAAGAAAGUGAAAUUUAUCACCACUGAAAUACGUUGCCAGGAGAAAUCACGUGGGGGCUUAAGUUAUGAGGUGAUUUUGGCUGAGCCGGCUCCAAAUGUAGCUGUACCCAAAAAGCCGGUUACACCCGGUAAAAAUGUUUCAGCCGAGGAGAUUGAAAAUAAACUAAAGGCCGCCGAAGAAAGACGUAUUUCUUUGGAACAAAAGAAAAUGGCUGACUUAUCUUAUAAAUUGGCUAAAAUUGAGGAAGCCACUCGCAAAAAAGAUGAAAUCACUAAUGAGUUCAUCAAUCAAACCAAGGAGAAUUUAGAAACUAAAAUGGAACAACAUGUAGAGAAACGUGAGGCCAUUAUUAGUGAUCUUAAGGAGAAAUUGAAGAUACACUCUCAAGAAAUUGAAAAGACUCGCGAACAAUUAGAACAUCAAAAAUAUGUUGAAAAAAUUGCUAUCGAAGAGAAAUUGAAGUCGGCUCAGACAUUGCGUGAUGAAAAUAUUAAGAAAAUGCUUGAACGUCUCAAGGAACAUAACACUAUUAAAAUUGCCGAAAUCAAAAAUCAAAUCGAUCAAUUGGAAUCACAAAAAAUCGAGGAGAAGGCCCGCAUUAUUGAAAAUAAAUUGUAUACAGCUGAGCAAAAUCGUGAAAAGGAAAUACAAAAGAAAAUCGAAAAAGUCCAUAAACUAGAACGUCGUGCUGAGAUGGUACGUCAAAAUAAGGCUGCCCUAUGUGAGGAGAAUAAAGGCACAGCUAUUGCCUCAUCCGGCUAGAAAAAAUGCCGCCCACGUCAACAUACACAAUACAAAACUUUAAAACGUAAAAUUUCAUUAAAUUUACACUUGAACUAACAAAAGAAAAACUGCUUUAAAAUGAUUAAAAAGAAAAAAAUAAAU